AUGGAAGUUGAUGCAAGACCUGGUGCUACUCAACAGACCGGUUCUGCCAUUUUAAGAAAGAAACCUUGCCUAAAGAUUCAUAGGGGAAAUCUAACAGGACUGGUAAAUUUAGGCAAGAAACUUAAGACCAUAAAGAGGGAAACUUUCAAGAUGAAGUAUGGAAAUCUUUUGAGCCUAUUAGAAAUGGAAGUACAACUGCCUGCUAUCACAGCCCUAGUCCGGUACUAUGACUCUCCGCUAAGGUGUUUCACCUUCCAGGACUUCCAGUUGGCGCCAACUGUAGAAGAAUUUGAGCAUAUCCUGGGCUUGCCACUAAAGGGUACCUCACCAUAUCAGCACUUGGAGCAUCAUGCCUCUAUUCCUAACAUUGUUGCCAUUAUGAAGUUGCACCCAAAAGAUUUAGAAGACAAGAUGGUAACAAGGAAUCAAGUGCGUGGGCUAACACAAGGAUAUCUUGAACAAUAUUUACAUCAUCUGGCCGAUAAGGAAGAGUGGGAGGCUUUUAUGGAUGUGUUAGUUCUCACCGUGUACGACAUCGUUUUGUUCCCCAGAAUAGAAGACUUUGUGGAUUACACCGCUAUUGAUGUCUUCGUGGCAAAAAAGACGAGAUCAGAAAACCCUGUAACAGCAGUCCUCGCAGAUGUGUAUGGGACCAUGAGUUUUUGCCAUGAGAGAAAGGGGAAGAAAAUUCUGUGUUGCUUGCCGGCAUUGUAUGCAUGGAUGACCGCACACAUGUUUAAAGGGCCAGUUGAUGUCAGGUGUCCAUCGGAGGAUCUGUCGCACCAGGGGCUUAAAGGCAAAGGGGGCAAUGAGUGGGCCCAAUUCUUGGCUGGUUUGAAUGAAGGGAAGGUAAAAUGGUGUCUUCCUUGGCUAGAGAUGAAACCAUCUAUCCAAAAUUGUGGCGACUUUCCUAACGUACCUCUCAUAGGCGCUAGGUAUUGUAUUAACUACAACCCUGUUUUGGUCCAAAGACAGUUCGGAUAUCCCAUGAAGGGGGCGCCUUCACCAGAUUAUCUCACAACCUUCUUCAUCUACUAUGAGGACGGACAUUGUACUGAAAUGUUGAGGAGAGUCAGAAACGUCUAG